AUGGAUGAUGCAGGACCUGUUUCUGUUAAUCGUAUAUGUAUUCCUUUACCUAUGCUCAAUUACCCUGUGUUGAUCUGUGCAGGAUACUUCUCCACAGGACUGAACAUUGUAGGAUGGUCCUAUUUCUUUUUGUUAAAUGGCAGGAUUCGGUUUUUUGACACAGGAACUACAACCCCUAGGGAUGCUCUUACAGCUCUUCUUUUUGCGGUUCGUAAAGGGAUCGACCAUGCAGCCUGCAGUGGGUUGAAGAUUAGAGAGAUAUGGAUGGACAAUCAGCUCCUCUCCGAUACUCUUCCAUCUCCCAGCAAAUGCCGAUUGCCAUGGAACCUGUUUAAGGAACUAUUAUAUAUAUCUGACAACUCUCAAGGGGUGAUUUUGUUAACAACUGUAAUCACUUCUGCAUUUUCAAAAUCCUUCCGUGUUCUCCAAUUCCCCUUUUUUUUCUCCUUUAUCUUCCUCUGGUUUUCGUUCUUGAAGUUCUCUCUGCAAAGAAGAAGAAGAAGAAGAAUUCUACUACUCAUGAUAAUGGCGGCGGAUGUGAGUUCUCUUGUUCAAAUACUGAAUGGGUACAAAGAAGAAGAGUUGAAGAACGAGACUAGUGGUGGGAAAUCGAAAAGUUUGAUUACUAGAGACUUGCUUGGAGGUAGUGGUGGGUUCUCUUCCACCGAAUUGGAUCUUGAUUUGCAGGUCCCCACUGGUUGGGAGAAACGCCUCGAUAUGCAGUCAGGCAAAGUCUACCUACAGAGAUGCAAUUCUUCAAUUUCAUCUUCAUCAUCGGGAUCAGAACACAAACAUUAUCAUCACCAGAAACAACAACAGCAAAAUCGAAGUAUUCCAGAGCUUCAAGAUUUGAACUUUCCUCCAGUAACACCAUCAUCAAACCCUUUGGAAGAGACUCGUUUGGAGCUAAGGUUGGUUCCUUCUUUUGAUUACCAGAGCGUCUGUACUCUGGAUAAGGUGAAAUCAGCGUUGGAGAGAGCAGAGAGAGAAUCGGGUAAAAAACGUUCUUCUUCGUAUGCAUCUGCUUCGUCUUCUUCAAUCAAGGAAGCAGCAAAGGAAAUAGAGGAAGGAGAAGAAAAAUCAUCUUCUUCAUCUGGGUUUGAAUCUAGUUCUGAUUUGUUACUUGCUGCUGGUUGUCCUGGUUGCUUGCUUUACGUUUUGAUAUCGAAGAACAAUCCUAAGUGCCCUCGUUGUGAUUCCAUUGUUCCAAUUCCUCUGCAGAAGAAACCAAAAAUUGAUCUCAACACUUCAAUUUGAGAACAAGGGUAGAAGAACAGAAUUGGUUUUUGGGUAUUUUUUGUUGUUUAAUUUUUGUAAAUGAUAGAUAAAUCAUUACUGGAUAGGUUUGUUAAUGAAGGAUAAAUUCUGAUUUGUUAUAAUUACAUUUUUAAACAUGUGAUUAAGAUUUUCAUUUAAUAUAGGAAGGAUAUUUAAAGUUCUUUAUUUC